CUGGCUUCUUUCUUGUGAUGCGGAACUCAUUAAUUCUCAUGUUGAGUGAUGUUCUACUGCUUUUUGGAGCCGUCACUGUCAGACCCGUAGUGGCGAACAUGGAGAACUUCACCCUUUGCACUAAGAGAACUGAGGAUGUCUCACACCCGGAUCCAUCAGGCUCCCCACAUCCAUGUUCACCAGACACUCCAUCAGAGGCUGACAGACACGAACUGCUAUAUGACAUCCUGAGGCUACCCACAACACAAUUCCAGGAGCUCUGUUGUGGAAUGCGCAACAAUAUGACAGCAGAGGAGCUUGCACAGAUGUUUGCCUCGUGGACUGAAGACAGAGUCAGAAAGAACAUUUUUGAAACCAUGGCGGAACUUGAGGAAAGGAAAAACAUCCUCUCUUCCAGCUAUCAUGAACGAAUCCAGCAUAAUAAAGAGGAGAUGACUGAGGAACUUCCUGAAGUCCAGCUGGCCCCAGUGACAAAAGAGAUCUUUGGCACAGUUCUGGACUCUUUGCAGGGGUCCUCAUCUGACCUAACCAAGGUUGCAAGUAAACAGCAAUUCGUUAGUUACCUUAGUGGGAUGGUACACAAAAUUAAGGCUUUCCCAAAACGCUUGAAGCCAUCGCGUAAGGUCUCCAAAGAGCUGAGCAUCACACCAGAUGUGUGCAAAACACUCUCUGACCUUCUAGCCCCGCCUGACACAGAAGGUGGCGUAAAAUCCACCCAGUCUACCACUAGUCUCCAUAGCGACGUGGAUCGACUCUGUGCCGAGGAUGACUUCAAUAGAGCUUCAGAGAAUGUCAAUAACAUCCUUUUUACAACGCCAGUUUCUUCUUCAAGCCAAGAUGACAUCACUCAGGCUUUACAGCCUGACGCCAGUUCCCUCUCAGUGUCAUCCGGGAUUUCCGUGCACGACGAUGCUCGUGGAAUUGUUACCACUAUUGUGACCGACUUGGAGCAUCUUUAUGAGGGCAUGGAGCCAAAAGAAAUCGAGAUGCUGCAAAACCAGGAGGAGCCCAUCGGGGAAUGUCACACCACUGAAAAAACAUUUAACAACAAAGUUUACAAUGUCCUGUGCCGCACUCAAAUAAAACUCAGAAUGUUCUUCACCGUGCAUCACUCACAAGACAUCGUAACAGACUCGGACAUGGACCUGCCGACCGAGGACCCUUCUCUUGCAGACACUCAAGAGGCUGCCUCCCUGGCAGAAACUGGAGAUGGUCCUGAUCCUGGUCCUUCUGAUGGAGAAGUACCUAAAGAUGAAUGGGCUGAACUUGGUGAUGGUGUUAUUGAAACAAUUGCAGAGACUUCCCCAACCUCAGAGAUACCAGUUGUGGUGAUAUCUGACAGUAACAAGCGCAGCAUUGGGGGAAAAAUUAAGAAUAUCUUUGCCAAACAGCCAAAGAGCUUGAAUGAUGCCCCAGUACUGCUUGUAGACACCCAAGAGGCAGCCUCCCUGGCAGAAACUGGAGAUGGUCCAGAUACUGUAUCACUGGCCUCUGAGACACAUGGACAGCAAGCCAUGAUGACCUCGUCUCAAACUUGUUUCAAGGAUGAACCUAAAGAUGAAUGGGCUGAACUUGGUGAUGGUGUUAUUGAAACAAUUGCAGAGACUUCCCCAACCUCAGAGACACCAGCUGUGGUGAUAUCUAACAAUAACAGGCGCAGCAUUGGCAACAAAAUUAAAAAUAUCUUUGUCAAGCAUCCAAAGAGCUUGAAUGAUGCCCCAGUACUGCUUGUAGACACCCAAGAGGCAGCUUCACUGGCAGAAACUGGAGAUGGUCCAGAUACUGUAUCACUGGCCUCUGAGACACAUGGACAGCAAGCCAUGACCUCAUUGUCUCAAACUUGUGUCAUGUGCGACAGUGUCAUGGAACCAACUGCAGAAACUGGCCAUGUGUGUCAGGCAUCUCCAGUCUUGCACACGAUUGGCAAUAAAUUCAAAAAUCUAUUUCACAAAAAAACAACGAACUUGAAGGAAUUCCCUACAGUGCCGGUAGAUACCCAGGAGGCAGUUUCCGCCUUGGCAGAGACAGGAGAGGACAGCAGUGGUCUUGAUGCUAUCUUACUAGCAUCUGAGACACAUGGACAGCAAUCCAUGGCCUCAUCGUCUCAGACUUGUCUCCAGGAUGACCACCUCACGGUCCCCGCUGACAGAGAAGAAACCGAGAGUCAAUGUUCUGCUAUCUCUGAACCCCCAGCUGCCAUGACAACAGCUGAAAACGAUGGCAACAAACGGGGCAUUGGGAGGAAAUUAAAAACCCUCUUUACCAGACAGCCAAAGAACUUGAGCGAAGGCCCCAAAGUACCAAUAAUCUCCCAGGAGCCAAUUCCCUCUCUUGAGGAGACUGUAGCUGACAGCAGCACACCUGAAGUCGUACUACAGGCCUUUGAGGCCUACGCGCCCGCUGAAGAGUCUGCUCCUCUGUCUGAGGAUGUUUAUGUGUGCGAUGGACCUGCAACACCCUCCUUAAGCCCAGAGGAAGAGCUUGCAUCGGGCACGGUCAGCUCCAACAACAAAGAUAAACGCCUCAGCAUUGGUACGAAACUGAAAAAUGUUUUCACAAAACAGCCUAAGUCACCACAGGGUAGCCAGGCAAUGCCAGCAAACACCCAGGAAGCGCUUUCCACAGACAGAAACAUGCUGAGGACCUGUACCAGGUGUUACAGUGACAGCAACCUUCCUGGUGCAGCUGUACCUGAGGAAUUUUCCAAUGUCGCUGAGGCAACAGCAGCCUUGAAGGAGACGAUUGAGAGAGUACGCACUGGUCUGGACGACCCAGCCACGGCAACAGCAAAGAUCGAACUCCUGAUGUCACGCGGAGUCCUCCGUCCAUUCGUCAGACCCAUGGUGGACAGCGUGUUCAAUUACAUGAGCGCCACCAGUGGCUCACCAGCCUCUAGCGCCCCCGGCAGGUUCGCCUCUGAAACCACCAUUCAGAAGACACAGAUGAACGGCGAGCAGAGAAGGGUGCUUGUUUGGGAUGAAAACAACGAACUUGCUGUCGCUUUUGCAAGGAGGGCCGUGCGCGGCGUCCUCGUGCAGGUGCUGGGGAUCCUUGUCCCAUUGUCGGAGGAAGCUGCUCCUUCUGAAAGUCAUGGGAUGGACAUGGUCACCAACAUUAUGACCAAAGAGGUCAUCAGCAAAGUGUCAACCAGCUCCAGUAGCACAGUGUCAACCAGCUCCAGUGACUCUGUUGAGGAUGACAGCUGGUGUUGUGGGCACUGGCAGAAAUGACAUGGACACAGAUGACCUCUCCUCAGAAAACUCCUGUUUCUCUGGUGUGUGCAAGAAUUUCACCAAGGUCUUCACCAGGUCCAACAUAAGUGAGGACUGAGAUCAGUUCUCUUCGCUUCUUCAAACACAAAAAGAAUUUACACUUUUACACACACACACACACACACACACACACACACACAAUUUCAUACGGCCUCUAUUAGCCACAGGAAAUGCUUUUGGAGAGUCUCCACUCCCUACUGGGAGAAAAGGGCACUUAAUGCUGUUCUACACUCUGUACGGCAUCUGUCUUCACUUGUGCGCCCACACAUAUAGACACACACACACACAAAAACAAAAACAAAAA